AUGGCGGAAAACCUGAGGAGGCUGGUCUCGAACGAAACUUUACGACGGUUGCAGGACAAGAUAGACUCCUGGGCGAAAGAGUACAACACAAACACAUGUGAUCAGAAUCUAAAUUACUGCCUUGAAAUCAUUGAACAAGUUGCCAGAGUGCAGGGACAGCUCUUUGGAAUCCUCACUAUUGCAGCCCAAGAAGGAGGACAUAAUGAUGGUGUGGAAACAAUCAAGUCUCGCCUUUUGCCUUGGCUGGAGGCUUCUUUUACUGCUGCUUCCAUGGGAAAACCUGUUGACAGCAGGGUUCCCUCUCUACAGGACACAUUUGAAAGGGAGAGACUUAAAGGGAGUAGUCCUCGGGACCUUAAAGCAAGUAGUCCUCGGGACCUUAAAGCGAGUAGUCCUGGGGACCUACAACAACUAGACUCUGACUUGAACUCAACCCAUAAUCAACUCAACCAGGUUAAAGACGAUCUUGCUGAAACUGGAAAGUCUCUCGAAGAAACCAAGAACAGAUCUGCCAUAUCCCUUUUGGCUGCAGAGGAGGAAAUAAAUCAGCUAAAAAAGCAGCUUAAAUCUCUUCAAGCCCAGGAGGAUGCUCGCCAUAGGAACUCAGAACCUAGGCGUACAGACCAGAGCAGAGAACAGAGCAGAGACCAGAUCAGACCUGAGCCCCACAGUUCCUUCAAGAGGGGCUCAGAGAGAAGGAGCUCUGAUCAGAGGAACUCGGAGCCACGCUCUGAUCAGAGGAACUCGGAGCCACGGACCUUAGAGCAGCGGUGCGCAGAGCAGCGGAACGCAGAGGUAAUCUCUGACUAUGAGAAACAGCUCCGAAACCUGAAGGAUGAGAUUGCUGUCUUGUCUGCUGAAAAAGCUGGUCUUCAAGGAAGGGCACCCAGGAGCCGGUCUCCUAGCCCUGGCCCACGCAGCGGCAGCCACAGCCACCGCCGUAGCCGUAGCCACAGCCGCAGCCAGAGCCACAGCCGCAGCCACAGCCUCAGCCGGAGCAGGUCCAACAGCCCCAACAACAAAAUCGCCAAGAUCAGAAGCACGUCCCCAAAUGGUGGUUCCAAAAUGUCCAGUGUGGCACGCAAAGCUGCUCUCCUGUCCCGAUUCAGCGACGCCUAUUCCCAGGCCCGCCUGGAUGCCCAGUGCUUGCUGCGGCGCUGCAUCGACAAAGCAGAGACAGUGCAGCGGAUCAUCUACAUCGCCACUGUGGAGGCAUUUCACGUGGCGAAAAUGGCAUUCAGACACUUCAAGAUCCGGGUGAGGAAGACAUUAACACCAAAUUAUGGAGGGUCGAAUGACUUUGAGAAUGCUGUCUCCGAAUAUAUCAUUUGCCAUCUUGAUCUGUAUGAUUCCGUUAGCAGUGUUAACGAUGUGAUCCGUGCCAUGAAUGUCAACCCCAAGAUCUCGUUCCCCCCUGAAGUUGACUUUUGCCUUCUCAGUGACUUUAUCCAGGAGAUUUGCUGCAUCGCCUUUGCCAUGCAGUCCUUAGAGCCACCCCUUGACAUUGCCUUUGGGGCGGAUGGAGAAGUUUUUAAUGACACCAAGUACCGCCGUAGCUAUGACUCGGAUUUCACCGCUCCCUUGGUCUAUUACCACGUAUGGCCUGCUCUCACGGAGAAUGACUGUGUCAUUAUGAAGGGAGAAGCUGUCACCAGGAGAGGGGCUUUUUGGAAUUCAGUGAGAGCUGUGAGUCGGUGUCGAAGCAGGAGUUUAAGUCCCAUUUGCCCCCGUAACCGCAUUGGUUUAAGCACGAUAUCUCGAAGUCGGAGUCCUUCUCCAAUAAGAUGUACAUUGCCAAGUAAGCAGGAUAGUUAA